CAUUUAUGACGAAUGUGUGGCAUUUCUCACCUCAAUAAUAUUUCAUUCAUGCAGUUACAGGUUGAGUUCCAGUAGAAUACUAUAACUUAAUUCGCAUAUAUAUACCACGAGCAGAGUGAUUAAUGUGAAAUUUAAAUACUAAUUAUGAAUCUGCUGUUGAAGAUAUUUAGUUUUUCUGUGAUUUGUUGCUUGACUCAAGUGUUUGUCAUAAUAUCUGCGCAAAAAGAUACGCCUGGAGCAUGGACAAACAGCAACGCAACUACAACUAGUCGACCUAGCCGGACACGAAUUGUUGGCGGUAUAGAGACAAAACGGAAUGAAUAUCCAUUCAUCGUAUCAUUAUUUCGGGGCCAACAGUUGAACGGUCACUUUUGCGGGGGAAGUAUAAUAGACACAUAUUGGGUUGUGACUGCAGCCCAUUGUGUAACCAGACCAGAUUUUAAGUUGACUGCAGGGGAACAUGACUUGAGAAAAUUCGAAGGGACAGAGCAAACAGUUAGCGCUGUAAAAAUUGUCCAACAUCCGGAGUACAAUAAGGCCACGUUUGAAAACGAUAUCGCUUUGGUCAAAGUUUUUCCUCCCUUCAAUUACACUGAAUUUAUUAAAAACUUCCAACUUCCAUCUAUUCACUUUAUCGCCGCAGGCAAUGUUACGACGGCAGGGUGGGGGGUUCUCGAGGAAGGUAGCACCCAAGUGUCCCCAGUAUUGAGGAAGGUGACCGUGUCGGUUUUCCCUAAUAUUGAUUGCUCUAAAACGUAUGGUAAAGAUUUUCACACUGAAAAAAUGAUAUGUGCGGCUGAUAAGAAUGGAGGAAAAGAUGCUUGUCAAGGAGACUCCGGCGGCGCGUUGCUGUGCGAUGACGUUCGGUUUGGCGACACGUUGUGUGGAGUCGUAUCAUUUGGGUUUGGCUGUGCUCGUCAAGAAUUCGCUGGUGUAUACACAAAAAUGUCUUAUUACGUUGAUUGGAUUAUAUGGGAACAAACUAAAGAUGCAAAUAGUAAAAAUCCGGACGUCAGAUUGACGACAAUAAAACCCAAGAUAAACCUUACAACCCAUGAACCUAUAUUAGACGAUACCAUCACUGUUAGUCUCAUUAACACACAAUCUCCAGAGACCACCUCUAAACGCCCACGUAGAAAGUGGGGCAUUCGCUCAGGCUCGAUUAAAUCUGUCCCAUUUAAUUUCUCUAUUUGGGCAUUUAUUUCCCUUAUUGCUUAUUACUGUAUGUGAACUUAUUGUUAGAAAGUAGGACUAAUUCAUGAACAUUUGAUAUUGCAGAAUAAUAUUCUAAUGAACAAAUUGAUUACAACUUAUUGAAUAAAAACAGUAAAAUGCACACAUUAAAUUCCAAA